AGCUUUUCCCCGCCCACCUUUCCCUCUCGAGGGCUCUCCCGGCUCCCAAUCGCCCGGCUUUCCCCGCCCCCGUCAACGUCUGGGCACGUCCCCUUUGCGGCGCCGGCCACGCACGGCUGUGCACUUAACCUCUGCCCGCCCGGCUGGAACGUAGAGGCCGGGGCGGCGCGCACUGCUGGCGGCUGGAAGCGGAGGCGGGAGCCCGGGCCUGCAGCUGCUGCCGGGCCGACGAUGACUUGUUACAGAGGCUUCCUGCUGGGCAGCUGUCGUCGCGUGGCGGGCGGCCGGGCAGCGGCGCUGAGGGGGCCGGGGGCGGGAGGCCCCGCCGCGCGGCCGCGGCUCGGCGGUGACGGCGGCGGCCGGCGGCACCUGGGGCAGGGGCAGCCGCGCGAGCUGGCGGGCUGUGGCAGCCGCCCCGACGGCGGCUUCCGCCCGUCCCGGGUGGUGGUGGUGGCCAAAACCACCCGGUACGAGUUCGAGCAGCAGCGGUACCGUUACGCGGAGCUUUCUGAGGAGGACCUGAAGCAGUUGCUUGCAUUGAAAGGCUCUAGCUACAGUGGACUGCUUGAACGACAUCAUAUUCACACCCAAAAUGUAGAGCACAUUCUUGAUAGUUUACGGAAUGAGGGGAUUGAGGUUCGUCUCGUAAAGAGGAGAGAAUAUGAUGAAGAAACUGUUCGAUGGGCAGAUGCUGUCAUAGCUGCAGGAGGUGAUGGCACAAUGCUUUUGGCAGCAAGUAAAGUCUUGGACAGACUUAAACCAGUUAUUGGAGUAAACACUGACCCAGAACGGUCUGAGGGUCAUUUAUGUCUUCCUGUUCGAUACACACAUUCCUUCCCAGAAGCCUUACAGAAGUUCUACCGUGGUGAGUUCAGAUGGUUGUGGAGGCAGCGAAUCAGGUUAUACCUUGAAGGGACUGGCAUCAACCCUGUUCCUGUGGACCUUCACGAACAGCAGCUAAGUUUGAAUCAGCAUAGUAGAGCCUUCAACAUUGAGAGAGUUCAUGAUGAAAGGUUUGAGGCUUCUGGACCCCAGCUCUUGCCAGUGAGAGCACUAAAUGAAGUCUUCAUUGGAGAGAGUCUGUCAUCCAGAAUGUCUUAUUCUUGGGCUGUAGCAGUGGACAAUUUAAGAAGAAGUAUACCCACUCUAAAGGGACUGGCUUCCUACUACGAGAUUUCAGUUGAUGAUGGUCCAUGGGAAAAACAGAAGAGUUCAGGGCUCAAUUUGUGUACUGGAACAGGAUCAAAGGCCUGGUCAUUCAAUAUUAACAGGGUUGCACCUCAGGCUGUGGAAGAUGUUCUAAAUAUUGCAAAACGACAAGGAAAUUUAAGUCUUCCAUUGAACAGAGAAUUUGUAGAGAAAGUAACAAAUGAAUAUAAUGAAUCGCUGCUCUACAGUCCAGAAGAACCAAAAAUACUUUUCAGUAUUCGAGAACCAAUAGCAAACAGAGUUUUUUCAAGCAGUCGUCAGCGUUGUUUCACCUCCAAGGUUUGUGUUCGUUCUCGUUGUUGGGAUGCCUGCAUGGUUGUAGAUGGAGGAACUUCCUUUGAGUUUAAUGACGGAGCAAUUGCUUCAAUGUUGAUCAAUAAAGAAGAUGAGCUUCGAACUGUGCUUCUAGAACAGUGAAGGAUUUCCUCAGAUGACAAUUUUGAUCACUGGAAAAAAUAGUUUUACUGUGGAAACAGACUGCCAGUCAUAAGGCUACAUUUUUUGGUUAUUGUUGAGACUGGUUGGCCUUGGGCUCAAAGGUGAUCAAGAAAGUGAGAUUUGUAUUAUUCUUCUGUUGGAUUCUGAUGGAAAAGAUAUUCACUGUGUAAGAAAAUGGAUGGACUAAAUUGAUUAGAAUUCGUACCAGUGAAAUUUCUAUAUUGCUUACAGUUGGUUUCCAGGAGUGCUGAUAUCUUUAAAUUUAGAGAGGUAGGCUCCAAUAAAAGAUUAAAUGUUUAAGGUUUGAAAUUUAACUGUACAAGCUUUUUUUCCUUCCUUUUCCUCCUAAUUUUGUGGAAUUGGUCAGUCCAAACACAUCUCAUUUGAUUAGUAUUUUUUUAUAGUACCUAAAAUUCAAGAUUUUUUAAAAGAUUUGGUGAUGGAGAAUUUUGAUAAAUCCUGACAUUGACCUAAUUGAAGUAGGUAAAUGUGUUUUUUAUAUGCUAAGAGUUUUCUAAUUUCAGAACACAAUGAUAUUGUUAUGACUAUUGAUUUAAAAAAUUCAAACAAUCAUUUCUGAAAUUAUUUAGAUGUUUUCAUUUAAUUGACUGUCAGGUUAAUUUUGACAAUGCUGGGUGAAAUAUAUAUGGACAAAAUCAUGACACCGUUUCAAAUGUAUUAAUUACCCAAUAACUAUUUUAGGUCUUAGGUAAUUUUUUUUAAUGAUUUGAGUGUCUAAUAAAGUUCUUCCUUAUUUACAACUAUCUAACAUGGAUUCAAAGACUAAAAGGAUGAACUAAUUAGACAUAUUCUAUUAGGAGUUCGGUAAAACCUUAAAAAGAUAUUUUCAUCUAGUGUAGGAGUAUUGUCAGAAAGAAAAUGGAUUAUUUAAUAAAUAUGCAAAACACUUUCGUUUUGGAAUUGCCUUACUUAUUAUCAUGGUAGUUUUCACCUAACUCAUAUUCCAAGUUUUACACAUUAGCUUUGGAGGAUAAAAUGUUAUGGCUUUUCUUUUUUUCCCGUUAUGACAGUUUCUUUACCUAAUUCCUGAUCUACUUAUAAGUAAUCCUAGAAUUAUCACAGAAAGUACCUCUUGCUGCAUCAUGAGACAAUUGGUAUUCUCACUCCAGUUAUUCAAAGUUGUUUUUUUUUUUUUU